AUGCAUUCAAUGUUUUUCGUCGUCGUGUCGCUGGCGUUACUCGCAGCAUGCGCUUGCGCCCCAAGCGGCGAUGUGAUCCAGCACAUCCCACCAAAUCACGAAGCAAUACAGUCAGCUACAGAAAGAAAGGCUGCGGCAUCUGGUGCUGCGGUAGAAAAUGUUGGAUCUUCUAAGCCUUUGGGCCUUGCUAGAGAGCGUAGAGACCUAGGUGGCGAUGAAAGCGAUCUACUUCCCUCCGACCAGAACGUUGCCUCGCCUUUUGGUGAGAGCUCACUCGAUGGGCGCGGCCGCAUCAGGGUAUUCAAAGUCAGUGCAGGAAUAUCUCCAGUACAUGACUUUAGAAAUCAAUUAAAUUCACAAGUAGUCGGAGAUAAGCUGAUUAUGUCAUCACCGCACAACGUAAUCAAACACUUGGAUAACUCUAUUCUGAAGGCAACCAAAAAUGUAACUAAUAAUCCAAAAAUGGAGGAAACUCUAUACCAAAUGUCAAAGGAUUUAGUAUCUGCCAUUCUAUCUAAACUUGAAAUCCAGGAUAAAAUGACUAGGAUAACCCGCGAGGCUUUAGAUGCACCAGGUAAAAGUAAAGGUAUGACAGCCAUUGAAACACGACGUAUUUUAGACUAUAUAUCGAGAACGUUGUCCGGACAUAUUUUGUCUAUCACUAGAGCGUCUACAGAACCUGAGUUACAUCGGUUAGUGUACGGCUUGGCACAAAUAGCCGCAGAAGUAUCCAUAGUAUCCGCACUAAAGGAUAUAACAUAUUCAACCGCAUUAUCUAAAAAGCAAUCUGUUGACUUAUCACUCCGAAAAAAGAGAUCUUUAAACGUAGAUCGAAAUAGUAUAACAACACAACGUGCGAUUCAAUCAACUAUAUAUAAUGUGAUUUUAAAUAAGCCGCCCGCUUUCGUACGUGACAAUUCAACUGAAUCCCCAAAAAUUAACAUUCUUUCCAAUAUAUCACGAUACUCAGUUAUUUUAUCAAACGCUAAAACACCAGUUCGAAUUGCACCAAGUAAGAAAAGAGUAUUAUCAAUGCCAUCGAAAGGAUUUUUAAAUCAAACAGUCUUAGACACAAUAGCGAAUGACGACGUAAAUGAAACUGAAGCUAUUUUACUUGAAAAUAAACUGAAUGCUACACAUUUCGUUACACAAGAUAGCCAAACACUUGAUACCCAAGAAAUGAGUGCUCCAAAUCUCAUAGAUGAUUGGGUUGAUCCCAAAGAGAAAAUAUACACAUUAAAUCCUGAUGUUAUUGCUGAAAUGGAAAUUGACCAACCAGAAGCAGUAGAUGAUGAAAUAACCAACGAGAAAAGGGCGAAACAAAAAUUAGAAAAAUUAGAGGUAAAAGCUAAAAAAGCUAUAUUAUAUGCGGGAGAUGUAGCAUACUUAACAGCUGCUAGUGUUGUUGCUAUGAGACGAGCUUUAACGGCAUCGAUUGAGGUACAAAUGUCUGUAAAAUUUGCCAAGAAUGGAAUGUCUAACCAUGAAGACUUAAUGAUGAAUUUAGCCAAAACUGCAGCUCAGCAAGCUGGAAAAGAGGCAAAGAGUGCCGCCUCCAAGUCUUUGGCAUGCGAACGAGUAAUAAAGUUAGCCCUUAAAUACACUGCACAAUCGAAAGGUGCAAAACUGAACCAUGUUGCAAACAGAGUAGUGAUGGACACAUUGUCAUUAGCAACUCUCGCUAAAUCUAUGGCUUUCGUAUCGUCUGAUAUUGCGAUAAAUUCAUUAUAUCAAGCAACUGACGUAAAACCACCGUCAUAA